AUGGGUGAGGCGACGGCGAUUAUGAACCACACGAAUCGGAGCUCAUCCGUCUCGGCGGACUACUAUUGCAUGACUUUCGGCGACGACGAAUUCGAGGACGAUGAGCCUCUCAGCAGCGCUGCCAACAGCAAGGUCGCUCCGUUGAGAAGUGCAGACAAAAAUUUGAAAAGUCGGACCUCGUAACGCGAAUCGGACGUGUCGGGACAUUUCUAGUGACCAUUUUAGUAGCGUCAGCUCUCUUAAGUGAUUCCUAGAAUCACCCAGAAACGUCCUGAGCAGUUUCAGAACCCUUAAGUGAUCCCUAGAAUCGCCCGGGAAGGCCCGGAGCACGUCCGUUUCGCGCUACCAACGUCCGAGAAUUUUGAAUCUCGCGAAAGCAAGGUCAUAGAGUAUUAUCGGUCCAGGGAACAGCGUUGAAUGAGAAAAAUUUUGAGAAUAAAGGUUUGAAAAUGAGUUUAGAGUCAAGGGAGCUUUUGGUAGUAAUACGGAUAUGGAGUUUUAAUCUCAAAAAGGUGGGGUUGACUUUAAUUUUAGAACCAGCGAUUCCUGCAUUUUUUCCUGUAGAUCUCACACCAAUGAACUUAUUUGAUUUUUAAUUUUUCAGAGACCUUCGGACUGUUCACUGGAAGAAGCUGUUCGAGGCGUUCAUAAACAUGUUCAACGGCUUGCGUCGGAGAAUAUGGUUCGUUUUAGUGAUUUUUGAGGGUUUUAUCAGGAAAUUUUGCACGGACACUGAAAGAAACAAAAAUUUUAUGGGAAAAAAAAGAGAAAAAAGAGUCAAAAAAUACAAGGAAAAAAAUUCGACUGAAAAAAACCAGUUUUCAAAGACAAUUUUUCUUUUUAGUGACGUCACCUUUUGUAUGACGUCAUUUCACAUUUGGUAUGACGUCAUUUCAACUUUGUAUGACGUCAUUUUAAAUUGGUUUGACGUCAUUUCAAAUUGGUAUGACGUCAUUUCAUUUUUUUUUAUGACGUCAUUUCACAUUAGUAUGAUGUCAUUUCACAUUGGUAUGACGUCAUUUCACAUUGGUAUGACGUCAUUUCAAAUCCCAUGAAUAGUUUCCUUAUCACGGAUUUAGUCGCAAAAUAGGCGCAGUUUCAUCCAAAUCCCUGCUUCAGGACCUGAACGAGAAGCUGACCCGACAAUCGGAAGAGCUGACGGAGGCGCGAUCGCAGCUGCGCGGCUACGGCGGCCCCAUCGGCCUAGGUGAGGAAUCGACGCCACGAGCGUCCACCGUAACCCCGUACCGUACUCCCGCACCACUUCUCCGCACGAGAGUCUCUGUGACGACGGACCGGACUCGCUACGAAUCGCUGUCCUCCUCGUCCUCGAUGACCACCUGCACCUGGUCCGACGCCGCCUCCACCACCACCACCGUCAUGGACUCGGCCCCCCUGACGCCGUCCCAUUGGUGGUGGAAGCACCGUCGGGAAUCCACCGCCCCGCCAGCGACAGAAGACGUCGUCGACGGCCCCACGACGUCGACGACGUCUUCCGCCUGGCGCACCGCCUUCGCCACCAUAAUCGCCUCUUUUGCACGCUCAUUGCACAUCCGUGUCCCCCUGCCUGAUGACGACGAUAUCGAUGUCUAA